AUGGUGGUUGGGUUUAUUGACUCGGCCUUAUUCCGCCGGUUCCUCCAAAAAAGAGAAAUCAACCAUGCAACUAGACUGCCGGAAUUUUUAUCAAUUCCUAUGGGAGAUAAAUUGAGAGAAAAAUUGAGGUCUAUGAAUGUUACUGGAGAAAGGAUUAGAUUUGAAGGCCUAGCUCCACCGGCUCCGACGACGGAGACGGCGAAUUUUCCAGGGGAGACGAUGGGGAGAAUUACAGUGAAUGAUGCUAGGAAAAUUUUGAGGUUUUCUCAGUUGGAGAAAGGUUUGGAGUUUGCAAAGAUGUUGGACGAUUCAGGCAGCGUCAUCAUUUUUGGUGACGUCGUUUUGCUCCGUCCCCAUCAGGUAAAAGUUGCACAGCUAUGGUGA